CGCCAGACUCGGGCAAACCCCGGCCGCGCAGGACGCCGCGCGCAGUCCCGCCCGGCCCUGCCCUGCCCUGCCCUGCCCCGCGCGGGCGGCGCGAUGUGAGGCUCCCGAGGGCCCAAGCGUCCCCUGGCUCGCCAGCCCCGCGCAGCGCCGGCGCCAGCAUGCGCUAGGAACGGCCGCUGAUCGCGGUGGCGGAGUUCCCGCUGGCGGGUCCUACUGGUUCGGCCGGCCGUGGGGGCGCCCAACAGCCCGGAGCUCCCCGCCUGGGGUCCCCAGCUCUCAGGCCCGGGUCUCCGAAAGUGGGUGAGUGUCUGGAGCCGGAGAUAAAGGACACGUUGGAGGAGGAAGGAGCCAGACCGGGAGAGACGCCCGACUCCCGGCCGGGGAGCUGUGGUGCUGAUUGAACCGGAGGACCGGCGGCCAAGUCAUCUCCGUGUCUCCCGGACCGGCGCCUGGUAGACGACCGCGGCUCCAGGACGAGAUGGCGGCCAAGCAGCCCCCGCCUCUCAUGAAGAAGCACAGCCAGACGGACCUCGUGAGCCGCCUCAAGACCCGCAAGAUCCUCGGCGUGGGCGGGGAGGACGACGACGGGGAGGUGCACCGCUCCAAGAUCAGCCAGGUCUUGGGCAAUGAAAUCAAGUUUGCUGUUCGGGAGCCUCUGGGGCUGAGGGUCUGGCAGUUUGCUUCUGCUGUGCUCUUCUCCGGCAUUGCCAUCAUGGCCCUCGCCUUCCCUGACCAGCUCUAUGAUGCGGUCUUUGAUGGAGCCCAGGUGACCAGCAAGACCCCCAUCCGCCUCUAUGGCGGUGCCCUCCUCAGCAUCUCCCUGAUCAUGUGGAAUGCUCUCUACACGGCUGAGAAAGUGAUCAUCCGAUGGACUCUGCUCACCGAAGCCUGUUACUUUGGGGUCCAGUUCUUGGUGAUCAGUGCCACGCUCGCGGAGACCGGCCUCGCGUCCCUGGGGAUUCUGCUGCUCUUGGCCAGCCGCCUCCUUUUUGUCGUCAUCAGCAUUUACUACUAUUACCAAGUGGGCCGAAAACCCAAGAAAGUCUAGCCACUCGCUGGGCCAGGGGCCCCUGUGUGGCGGGGAGGCCCCGGGGCCUCAGUUUCCCUCUGGCUGCUGGAAGGCAGGAAGGAGCCUGCCCUGUGCCGGGCCUGCCCCCAGGCAGGCGGGGCUGACCGCCUUCCUUUCCUCCCGGGCACCCCCAAAUGCUGUGAUCUCCUGGGCUUUCAGGUUUGGGGAGGGACGGGGCCUCUUGAACCUCUGGCCCUCGCCCCACACAGGAACGCCUCCUCUUCGUGGGUCUCUUGGCCUCCGGAUCCCCUGGACAGACACUCACUGGAGAGCUUGAGUCGUGGGGUUUUGGCCUGAGAUGGGGCUCUCGCCCCUUCUGCCGGGAGGCCCUUCUCUGGUUUGAGACAGGCUGAGCACUGUCCCCCGGUCCUCCCUACACCCCCGGCCACUCUAGUGCCCAUGUGGCUGACCGUGGCUUCCGUGUAUGCCUGGAAAAAUCCAAGAAUUUGACCCCGUGCCCCUAUCCCUCCCCACCCAUGGGAGCUGCCCCCUGCCCCCUCACCGCACACGCCUGCCCUUCCCACAGCCCAGCUGCGGGCGGACCCGCAGGGGUGGUGGUCUCUGAGCCGGUGCCUCCCUUUCAGCCUCCCUCUGCAGUGGGCCACCUGUCGCCAGAGCCCGGUCCCCAGCCCCAAGCCCGGCCACCACAGGCUCUCCUAGGGCCUUACUCUAGGCUGCCGUGCCUCCACCCGGCUCCCGGACGCCCCUAGGGGUCCCCUUCCCCCAACUGGCCUGGGUCCAGCCUCACCCCCAGGCCGGCCCCGACAGUGGACGCAGAGAGAGGUGGAACCCCCGUGAUGGGGUUUGGAGGUGAAGAAGAGAGAGACGCAGUGGCGUUUCCUCGUCCCUCCGGUCUGCCCGGUUCAGUCCCCUCGCGCACCCUCGCCCUCUCCCCGGGGUGCUGCCCCCGAGACCCGGCGGGGUGGGACUGGGUGCCCUUCAAACUCAGCAGGGGAAAUAAAUAGAAAUAUUUCAGCAGGCCACUCCUCUAAUGUCGUCCCCACCCCAAGUGCCCUGGAGGAGGCUAACACGCGGUUCCCUCAGAGCUGAGGACACCCUCCCUGCCCCUGCUCGUGUGCCCCCCUUUAGCCCUCACUCCCAGUGCUCUCCUUCCCUCUAGGCCGCAAAUGUGCACAGAAGUGGUGGCCCUCACGGUGUGGGGACAGGGGUAGAGAAAGGCAGCCCAGGCCCCAGACGUGUUUCUCGUCUUGGGAUAGUGUUGGGUAGGGCGGGGGGCGGGGGGGCAGGUGCAGCCCAGCUCUGGCUGCUUCCAAGUGAACCUCUGCCUGGGCCCCCUGCCCUGCCCACACCGGGCCCGGCUGUCCCCGAAGCCCAGCUGUAACUACUGUUCCACGCGGAGGGGAGGGGCCUGGCGGGUUGGACGCCCACCGCCACCUUGGGGAGUCAAGUGGAUGGCCAGUGGGCAGUGCCCUCAGUGCCCUGGGGCCCCGUCACGUCCUGUAUCUGACCCAGGACUUUUAAGACCGGGCUGAUCCUCUGGAGGGUGAUGGGUGGUUUGUCCUAGUCACCGGUGGGCGUGGUGGAUCAGUGCUCCCCCCCCCACCCCCCACCCCCCCCCCCCCCCACCCAGGGGGCACGGGGGAAUAGAAAGCAUGGGCUUUGCAGCCUGGGUGAGGCACCUGCCGGGCUGGCCAAGCUGCCUCAGCCUCAGCCGGGGUGGGGGUGGGGCGAGCGGGAGGGCAGCCUGGCCUUGUCCCUUGGGUGGUAAUGAGGGCCUGCUGGGAUGGUGCUGCCGUGAAAUUCUGUGCUGCUUGGACAUCGGAGCUGGGCCCAGAGGGACCUAGCAGAGCCCGGCAGACCUGGUCCGGGGAUGUGGCGGGGGGAUUAAGGCAAGGAGCCGUCGCUGGGAGGGAGGCAGUGACAAACAGGGAGGGGGACCCACGCAUCUCCUGAAGAAGGCCCAGUGUCGGCCCGGCUCCCCAUCCUAAAGGUUUGGGAAGACACCCCCCGCCCCCGCUCCACCCACCACCCUUUACCUUUGCCCCUGGAGCCCCGCGCCCUCCGUGCCUCAGCUCCCCCCUUCUGCCCCACCCCCACCCAAGCAAGACCACCUUCAUCACAGCCACUAUUUAUUCUUCGUUCCUUUUUCUUUUUGUAAGAAACAGUCACAAAAACCAGUGCAAAACCAUCA